CCAGCUAAAACUUGCUUUAUGUCCUGAGCUGUGAUUGGACAGCCAGGGCCUGGGGGCGUGGCUAGAGUGAGGCGACUUCCUGUUGAGUGAAUAAGGGGAACUGGGCCAGCCCUCACAUGUUACUGGCUGUUGUCUCUACCAGCACCGUCAGAGCAGAACCAGGGAGGAGAAAAGCCAACAGAACCAGGUCCGGUCCGCCUGAGCUGGGCUGCUAACCGGUUCUGACCCGAGUCCUUCACAGCUGUGGCAAUACGUGUGGAUCAGAGGGAACGGCUGGACUCAGAGCGGUCCUCACAGAGACACACACUCCCCUGACACACACACAGUCACAUCUGGAGAACAUCAGCAGAGUGGGCGGUUCUGGUCCCGGGCGGGUUGGCUGGAUCGGAUCAGACUGCUGCCAGUUCUCACACUGAAUCAGCUGCUUCCCCGUCUGGUGGUUUCUGGGACCGGUUCUGGUCCGGUAGCUCUCAGGGGAGGAGGAGUGUGCAGCAGAACCAUGAAGCGUCUCGUUGGGACUCUGCUGUUGGUGUCCGUCCUGCCGUCCCUCUGCAGCUUCUCUCUGCCUCCGGACACCGAGUGCGGCAUGUCCUACCGUCUACGAGCCUUCCGGGUGACCACCAGGUGUAACCUGACCACCCUAAAGGAGAAGCAGGUGAAGGAGAUCCAGGGUUUGACCACCAACCUGCUGCUGCCGAUCAUCUACCUGUUGACCUUCUGCAUCGGUCUGCCCACCAACCUGUUGGCUCUCUGGAUUCUCGUGUUCCGGACCAAACGUCGGCCGUCGACUGCGCUGCUCAUUAACCUCACUGUGAUAGACUGCUUGCUGUUCCUGGUUCUGCCGUUUCGGAUCGUCUACCACUUCCGGGGGAACCACUGGGAGCUGGGGGAGCCUCUCUGCCGGAUCGUCAUGGCGAUGCUUUACGGGAACAUGUACAGUUCGGUCUGGUCCCUGGCCUUCGUGGCUGUGGACCGGUACGUGGCUGUGGUUCACCCAUUUGGCGCGAAGAGAUUGCGCAGCCGGCGGUGGUCUCUGGGCCUGACGGCCGCGGUGUGGAUGGUGAUGCCGGCCGCCAUGUUGCCUUUGCUGCUGUCCCGGCAGACUUACCCUCUGGACGACCCCAACAUCACCACCUGCCACGACGCGCUGCCCGAGAGCGUGCAGGAGAACUACUUCCUGCCGUACUUCGCCACGCUGUUCACCACCUGCUUCCUGCUGCCCUUCAUCGUCGUGAUGUUCUGCCACGGCGCCGUACUGCGCACCCUGCUGGCUGAAGGCAGGAAGUACUGUCACGCCAUCGAGGUAACGCUUCUGAUGAUACUGGUGUUCGUGGCGUUCCUGCUGCCCUGUAACAUCCUCCUGAUCCUGACCUACAGCGACAGCUGGCCGGACGGUGAGGACCUGUACGUCCACUACAUGAUCAGCCUGGCCUUCAGCACCUUCAACAGCUGCUUCCACCCCUUCGUCUUCUACUUCGUCUCCAGAGAUUGCAGAGAAAGAACUAGGAAUGCUCUGUGCUGCAUCCCUGACAUGGAGGACAAACCGUCCUCUCGGGGGACACACACCUCCUCGUCAGCGGGACAGAGGUCAAAGGUCACUCUGCUGGCCAUGAAAAGUUACAAGGGACGCCUGACCCAGCAGCCAGAGGUCAACAUGAUGACAUGACGGUCAGCUGAUGCCGGACCGCUGGGCCUCCAGAUUCUCCUUCAAGUAAAAGAAAUAGUUAUUGGAUUUUUUAUUAUUGAAACAAAACUGGAGAAAAAAAAUGUUUUCUGUGUCAAAACAUUUUGUACGGAGCAGCGCGCGCGUCCAUCCUGAACCUAACCAGAGGCGUAAAUACAGGAGGGCUCGGGGGUCCGGACCCCCAAUCUUAGGAAAGUCUAGAAUUGUCCCCUCCAAAAAAAUAAUUGAAGAAAUUUUUACAUUUAAAUAAUAUCGAUAUGAAAAGGCAAAAGAAACAAAGAACAAAAAAAAUCUGCCAUUUAUCUCAGAAAAAAUAAUAAUUAAUUUUUAGGUCCCCCCCAUUAUUAGAACAAUGGUUCAAUCCAAAGUGUGGGAGGACCAACAGCUGAACGGUACCGGCUCCGUUAGAGCCGCUGGAGGGAGGAGCUAGCUGUUAGCUGCUAGCUGUUAGGUGUUAGCUGCUAGCUAGCUGUUAACUGCUAGCUGUGGCUCUGCAGCACAAAUAAAAACCCUCCAGUCAGUAAAUACUUCAAGCAAAAGACAUGUAAACAUUUUAUUUACUUUCACUGCUCAAUAAGAAGAAACUCAUAAACAAUAAAAAUCAUUCUGCAGUUUGUUAUUUCAUUACUUUGACUGAAUCAUCAUAAGCUGCCUUAUUAGCAAAACUGCUACACUGCUUUCAUAGAUUUAACCUUUGACCUUUUUUGUCAAAGGCAGCAAACAUCUCAUUCAUAUUUAGCUCUUUAACUUUUAGUUAAUCAGAAGAGUUUGAAACUGGAGGAGGGUCUGAGGAAGUGAACCAGCUCAGAGUUGGAGCCCAGAACAGAUAGAAAAAACUAAAGUUAUGUUUUUAUUUCUCACUGUCCUCAACAUAGAGCCUUUAAAACCACAAAAUAAAAUCAGAAUAUUUUUCUAUAUAAACCCUGGUGCUUUAAAUGUUACGUUUAAAUUAUGAUAUUCCCCAGAUAUUCAUUUCUAUCUAAUUAUUAGUUCUCAGCCAUCCAGGACAUGACAAACUAAAAAAACGCUUAUAAAUAAAGCAACUUAACAAAUUUAAAUAGCCUAUAGCUUGUAUUGAGAACCAUUCAAUAAAUCAAUGUUUAUGAUGAACUUUAUUAAGAGCAGUUACUCAUUAAAGCUUUUUUAUUCAGAGCCUUAAAUGUUUGUAAAGGCGUAGCAGAAAUUAGAUCAGACUGAACAAAACUUGUAUCUACGCAACAUUUGAAUUUUAGUUUUAUUUCUCUGCAGGCAGUUUAAUAAAACUAGCUUUACUAGUCAUUUUUGGUCCUGCAGCUUGAAUGUAGUUUAAAACUUUUUAAACUAGAUUUUACGUUACAUUUCACUGGAACUUCUCCAGAAUUGGUCUUAAAUGUUCCUGUUGAUGUUCCCCCAAUAAUGAGAUGGGAUUUACACCCUUGACCCUAACUCCUAUUGGUCACUUUACUUUAGUUUAUUUUCCGCUCUUUCUCUAAGCUAACUGAGACUGUGCAGUGGACCUAGCUAAAAAUGAAUAACCGGCGUUUGACCCGUCCUCUGCGCGGUUCUGGCGGGUCGCUGCUUUAACAGCUUUUGGUUUGUUCUUGUGGUUUCGCUACCUGAAGAGCUGACGGGUCAGCCGGCUGGCUGACCGUGGCGUCUGCCGCUCUGCCUGAACAUGACCUAAUUCUGCCGGAGGGUUAAACAGUUAAAUCUAGUCCAAACUUUCCCAAAGAGAGUAGAAAUGAAGCAUUAUUAUAAACAUGAUCAUUUUUACAAAUAAAAAUAAUAAUAUUUUGUAUUAUUAUUAUUAUUUACUUUGAUGACAUAAUAAUAUUGCAUAACACUGUACUUUCACAGUACAGUAUUAUUAUUGUAUUACUGUUGUUCCUUUCACUGUAAUUAUUGUGGAUUUAUAUAUUCAUGGAUGUUAUUGGCUUCUCUUCAUGAUGUUUGUCAGGUAAAUAUAUUUCUGUUUUCCUCCAUCAUAUUCUACAGAACCUGUUAAAUAAAUAAGAUGUGACAAAGGUGGAGAUGUGUUUAUGUUUGUAUAAGAAAGUUAUUGAAAAUAAAAAGUCCUGUCUGAGCCGCUGCUUUAGGCCCGGUGCAUCAUGGGAUGCUGCGUGUUGCUGUGGUUAUGAGUCGGGUUCAGGACCGUACGCUCCGGGUUACGUUUCUGUUUGUUAAACUGAAAUAACAGCAGCAUUCAAGAAUCACCCGCUCUUGAAUGAAACCCAGAACAAACGGUGUUUCCUCUCAGAACCGGACGGUUGGAAGACGUUUGUUGACACGGACCGGUUCUGUUUCACUGAAUCAGAACAUGAAGCGGUUCUGAUUCUGAUCAGCAGACAUUUGGUUACAGAUCAAACUUCACAAAGUGAAGAUGAAUGAACUCCGCGGUUCGUCCCUUUGUCCCAACAGUUUCUGCUCUGACUGAUGAGGAAGACGAAGACCCGCCGAGUCAGGAAGUUCGUCCAUAUCUGAUGGAGACAGGAAGCUGCAGUCAUCAGUCACACAGCAGCUUUAACAGAACCAACAGGAACCAACAGGAACCAACAGGAACAUUCUUUAAAACAUGUCCGCCGUCUCUCCGUCUGCCACAGAAAACAUUUGCAUUAGAGACCAAUGGGGUUUUAUUUACCUGAGACCUUCACUGUGGUGCCGUCUCUGGAACAAUCCUGGUCCAACUGAACUUUAUCUGUGAAGACACAGAGACGUCCGUUCAGAGACCUGACCUCAUGUAGAAAGCAGCGUACGCACAAAAACGUAUGUAUAAAAAUGAACAUGGUGUCAAAGUUUGUGUAACCAAGGCGACGCAACAAGUUUCUCAUCGGAGGACACACAACGGAAACCUGACAGUGAAGAGUUGGAGCAGAAAUGUCCAACAGUGACGUCAUCAACGCGUUACUCUACUCUGACCCCUUGUAACGUGUAAUCUAACGCGUUACUAUUUACAAUCCAAUAAUCAGAUUAAAGUUAUGUAUCCAAGUCA